AUGGGUCCCGCCGUCGCCCGCACCGUCGCGUUCACCGCGGCGGUCGCGCCCGCCCUCACCACCACACUCCCCUGCGGGCAACAGUCCGGCGCGCGAUAGUGUAGUCGAGAUUCUUCUCUCGGCUCCGCUGGACAGUGACAUGGACCGCGACUUCCUCGAGGAGGAGCUCAUCCCACGCAUCGUGAUGUGUGACACCUCCGAUCUGAUGUAUUCGGUCUUCGGCAUCGAGCGGGCACUGUUCAAGGAACGGGUACAAAAUGUUCAGGCUCGCCCCGGACGAGCCUCACUCGUGAAAGACUUCAAGCGCGACUGCAGACGAUCGGCGAACCAAACGAAAGCAGACUGGAUAGUUCCGCUUGCCAGCUUUGUAAGCGUGAUUUGAUCGCAUUUGACUUGCGAGAUGACACUAAUUGCAGCGCAUUCGCCUCCACAGGCAACCGCCGGCGGUCGACAGGAAAAAUUGACGCUCGCACAUGCGCUACAGCGAAAUCGAUGGAUCUGCGAAGGGGAGUGCGAGGAAACCGAGGUCCAUCAUUUCUUCACGUGUUGCAAGCGAAUGGCGUCGGAGAAUCACAGUUCCGCCGGGCAAAGAAUGCUUGUCCCGAUCCAUUUCGGGGUCACGCCACAUGCUGAGGCAUCUGAUGAUGGCACCCCGUCUCCCCUCGUCAGGGUCGCAUUCGACAUGGCGCAACAUGCGCUCGAGCAACCGGCCCGCCUAUUUGUGCCGGGUCUUGCCGUUACGGGGACCACGGCGCACCUCGUCGUGAUCGAUCAUGAGGUGUGCCGGAUCGCGACCAUCUCGGACUGCUGGGGUGAGGGCUUCGGUGAGCUUGCGGUGAUUGUUGCGGUUCUGUCGGGGCUGGACGUCUACUCCGCGGGACUGUGCCCUUUCUUCCGCUACGAAUGUGCUGGCAACAUCGGUUUCAAGGCAGUAUCACUCGUCACAUGGUACCUUCGACCUCCCGAGCUCGAAGACGAUGUCCCUCUCGUCGCUCGCACCGUCGAAUUCAUUGACGAGGAACCUGUCGAGCUCCUCAGCUGCGCAGUCGGGCGCGGCGGAUCAAACUUCAGUUGCAGCACGGCUGUGUUCCAGCUGACCCGUCCAAGUCUGAUGGGGCCAAACACUUCUUCGGAAUCCGAUCCACCGCACUCCUUUGUACUCAAGAUUCAACACACCGGACACGAGUGCGUCGGGCACGAAGCCAAUGUGCUGCGAAUGAUCGACGAGCGUUGUAAUGCUGCAUCGCCGGAAGUGUCGUCCUUGAUCUUCAGCCACAUCAACCGUCUCGAACAGGCCAAGUCGUUCGAUCUUCAUUGCUCGCAAAUGAACAACAGCGACUUUUCGCUGGUGGAAGGAAGGGAUUCUCAUCGAAGAGUAUGACGGCGCAAACUGGACCUGGUCAUCCUACGCAAUCCCACUCCGCUGCCCACGCAGGUUGAUUGCGGUCAAGAUCGUUCCCGCCCCGUGGAGGACGCUUACCAAGUUUUCGACCAGCUGCUCACACUUUUACCGAUUCUCUACGAUCUCGGCAUCCACCAUCGCGACUUGUCGCCUGGCAACAUCCUGCAUCAUCGAGGACAACUUGUUCUGGUCGAUUGGGAUGCUGGAAUUGUCGCACCCCCGGGGGAGCUCGUUCCGAUAGGCGCAACCGAUGGUACCGGGUCGGUCAGGGCCACCCUUGCUACGACUCCCUUCGACGUGCUCGCCUGGUUGUUCUUGCAAGGACGGACCAAACUACCAAUGCACAUGCUGGCGAACGAUCUAGAAUCCGCGACCUACUGGUUUGUGACCGUUCUGGGCUCGUUCCGGGUGCAGUCGUGGGAAACUGCCGCUUGGAGGGCAUGGAAGGUGUUGGAUCUACCACCGGGCAACCCACCGUACGUGAGAGCUCUUGUGCAUACGCGUUUGGAACUGUGGGGCAACAGCGGCGAGAGCCAGUGCCGGCGCAUUGCGCUCCUCGAAGCGUUGCGAGAUCUCUGUCCGGCGGAAGGCCAGGUGGUCGACAUAUUCACGCGUUACUUCCCCGCCUGGCGCGAGAUACCGAACGUUCAUCAACUCACCAAAGAAAGGAUGGCAACGAUGCAGGCCAAGAGGAGAGACGUUCUCGCAUUGCAGCCUCGCUCCGAGUAG